AUUUGGCAGCACCGGCUGCACUAGUUCAGUGGGUGCAGCACCGCCAUCCUCGUUUUUCUGGUGCAGCGCGCGCCCUCUACACUUUUCUCCUCGUUUUGUCAAGGUGCUGGCCAAGUGCUGCACGAGUUCUCGGCCGGCUUGCACGCGCUCCAGAGCAAGUGCAGAGAAAAGUGCAGCAUGGCGUACUUGCCGCCCAGCCAAGAGCAGACGACGAUGCAUGUUUUCGUCCACGGCGUCCAGAAAGAAGUUAGGCUUGUCUACAAACCCGACGGCUCACCACUGGAGGACGUAAACGCAAAUGGAUAUAUAUACGAGGCAUCAGACGGGCAGCGCGUAACACUCCGGUUCGUGGCCCAAGAUUCACAGGCUGAAAAUAUUCCUCCUGUAACACGACCACCGACACCGGCCUGCGCCAGUGACGGCUUCGAUGGAGUGGGGCCAGGCGCCUUUCCAACGGCAUCCGCGUCCGCUGAAGAAACAUCGGAGAUAUGGAGUACUCGCAAAACCAAGUUCUUCAUCUCCAAGUACACGGAGAUGAAGAACUUGGUUGGAAAGAGCAGAGAACUCCGGUACGUUGCCUUUUACGUUUCAUUUGAUGUUGCCACCAAUAUUAUGAGCAACAAUGAAGUGUACUGUCGUUUCUCAAAUUUAUACUUCCAACAAUGUCAAUGGAAUGUUUUCAUGCAUACUUUGCAGGAUUUGUUUAAGCUUAGUACAUCAAUUCUCAUCUCAAGAGUGUUUGAAAUGUGUGGCAGCCAGUAUGCAAAUAUGAUUUCAGAGUACCAGAAAGCGCCACACUUAAGUACUAAAGGUACCGCAAAAUUUCAGUCACAUGUAGCAGUGUGUUUUGUAUUUAACUUGCUAUGCUUUCAUUUUAGCACAAGAAAGCUUCUGUGGGUGAGACUCACCGAGCUGAUCAAUAAGGAAUUUAUGUGCAAUAUGACCAGCACACAGAUUGAAAAUAAGUGGAAGUCACUUGACCGAGCAUAUAAGAGGAGCAAGAAGGAGAACAGUUCAUCUGGUCACCACCGCGUGACCUGCGAAUAUGAAGAGGAACUGUCAGAGAUACUUGAAAAGGAACACAGUAUCAACCCAAGAUUGCUUUUGGAGCCCGGAAAGGCAAUCCUCCCCAGCGGAUGCUCAGGGACAAGCACCACAGAAGCAUCCGCCGAGCUUUUGCCUGUGCCAGUCGAGGACAGACUGUCUGCAACAGUUGAGGACAGCCCGGCCUCUAAAAGGAAACGCCACAGGAAGUCACAGCUUACUCCCCUUUUGGAGGUGCUGGAAAAAAUGGGGCAAGCAAGAGAGAAGCAAGCCGAAGCGAGAGCUGAGGAACAAAAAGAAAGAAAAAAGUGGGAGGAAGAGCGGGCAAAGCGGCAUGCAGACCGCAUGGAGAGAUUUGAUCGCCUGCUAGAUUUGAUUGCAAAGCAACAAGGGUCGCAACAGGAAGAAUAAAGUUGUCUUGCACUACCA